AUGCGAUCCCGAAGUCUCUGGUCAGAGACCCUCUUGAAUGCGACCACCAAGCCUCAGCUGAAAGAAGCCAAGGACGAGACCAAAGAUGACGUCCCGCUGGCCCCGCGGUACAUGCACGAAUCGUAUUCAGAGCUCGUCCUCCCUUUCGGCUCGUCCUCGGAGCUUUUGGAGCAGUAUACCAACGCCUCUGGCGGGAUCAGGACAGGAAAGUUGAUGGAGCACCUCGACUCGUUGGCGGGAUCUAUCGCGUAUAAACAUAUGCUCGGCCCAACGGUUGUGAACAUCCAAAAUAGCGGGUUCUACAUCGUCACUGCUUCAGUCGACAGACUCGACAUGCUUUCCCCGCUGGAUCCAACUAGAGAUCUGAGGUUAAGUGGCCAAGUCAUAUAUACAGGCCGCAGCUCGAUGGAAGUUGCAGUGAAAAUGGAGUCGACGGGCAAAGGGCUGCCGGACGAGACUGUCCUCAUUGGCAGAUUCUCGAUGGUGUGUCGUAACUCGACGACGCACCGCGCGCGCCAGGUUAACCCUCUUGCGCUCACCACGCCCGAAGAGCGCAGCUUGCACCUCCUAGGAGAACAUAUGAAGCAGCGCCGCCAGUCCUCAGCACUCAAAUCGCUCUCGCGCGUCCCGCCUAGCUCUGAAGAAGCAGAGGAGCUGCACGCUGUAUAUCUAAAACACGGGCAAGGAAAGGAACGGGUGGAGGGAGGCGGGGAUCUUGAUCCGGGGGUGGAUCAUGUGUGGAUGGGCGAUACGGUGUUGGAGAAGUGUUUGUUGAUGUUUCCGCAGGAGAGGAACAUCCAUCAAAAGAUUUUUGGAGGGUAUCUUAUGCGGUUAGCUUAUGAGCUGGGAUUCGCAAAUGCAAGCAUGUUCACGCGCGGCCACGUCCGUUUCCUCUCGCUUGACGGCAUCUCCUUUGCACGCCCUGUGCCUAUUGGAUCGAUUCUGAGACUGAGGUCGCAGAUUUUGUAUACGACUGAGGCGGCGGAGGCUGGGUAUGCCAUUUUAGUUCACGUAGGCGUCAAAGCGAACGUGGUCGACGUGAAAACGGGCCAGGAGCAGACGACGAAUGAUUUCAGGUUCACGUGGUGCCAGGAUAAAGAGAUUGCGAGUCCGGAUUUGAGGAAGGUUGUACCGAAGACUUAUAGAGAGGCGAUGCUUUGGUUGGAGGGGAAGCGGGCUAUUGAACUCGGUGCUGAGAUUAGAGGGCUGCGGACCAAGUAA